AUGAAACACCUAAUAGACACUACAACAGAAUUCAGUAAAGACAUCAAUAUGGAGUUUGGUUUAGAUAAAUGCAAAACACUACACAUAAUCAGAGGAAAAAUACAACCAGGUGACUACACGAUUAACACUACAGACACAAUUACAGCUAUGGAACCUACAGACUUAUACAAAUAUUUAGGAUACAAACAACUAAAAGGAAUUGAUCACACAGCUAUUAAGAACACCUUAAACACAGAAUAUAAGCGGAGAGUGACCGCGAUAUGUAAAACACAACUCACUGGAAAACACCUCAUCAAAGCACUGAACACCUACGCGAUACCAAUAUUAACUUACUCAUUUGGCAUUAUUAAAUGGUCUAAAACUGAUAUUCAACAAAUAGAAAGAACCACACGCACCACACUUACUAAACAUAACAACCUACACCCUAAAUCUGCAAUAGAACGACUCACCAUCAAACGCCAAAAUGGAGGGAGAGGCCUCAUAGAUAUCAACCAUCUUUGGCAAAAACAAAUUAACAGGCUCAAAACAUUUUUCUACACUAAAUCACACACCAGUAACAUUCACAAAGCCGUAGCUGUAAACGACCACAACUACACUCCACUUAACUUACACGAACAACCAGACACACAACACAACGACACUAUUGACCCACAAACACAAAAGAUAGAGGACUGGAAGAAGAAAGUCCUGCACGGAAGGCACCCGCACGACUUGGAACAACCACACAUCGACACAAUAGCCUCAAACAAGUUUCUCAAAAUCGGCAACCUAUUCCCCGAAACCGAAGGCUUUAUCAUUGCUAUACAAGACCAAAUCAUCAACACCAAAAACUACAGGAAGUACAUCAUAAAAGACCCCACAGCAACCAACGACAAAUGCCGCAAGUGCCACACGCAACCAGAGACCAUACAACACAUCACAGGGGCAUGCACAACACUCACACAAACAGACUACACUCACAGGCACAACCAGGUUGCAAACAUCAUCCAUCAAAAACUAGCACUCAAACACAAACUCAUACAAGACACAAACACACCAUACUACAACUACACACCACAAACAGUUCUAGAAAACACCACACACAAACUCUACUACGACCGCGCUAUUCUCACCGACAGGACAAUACACUACAAUAGACCAGACAUAACACUUCAAGAUAAAAUCAAUAAAAUCACAUACCUCAUAGAUAUAGCAGUACCCAACACACAUAACCUACAAAAAACCAUAGGUGAAAAGAUUACUAAAUAUGCAGACCUCAAAGAAGAAGUAACCAGAAUCUGGCGGCAAGAUAAAGUUUACGUAGUUCCCAUAGUCGUCUCCACCACGGGUGUUAUACCCAAUCACCUCCACCAUAGCCUCAAGUUAAUAGACCUUAAAGACUCCACUUAUAUCCAACUUCAAAAAGCCGCAAUACUAAACACCUGUCGAAUUGUUAGAAAAUUCAUGCAAUUGGACGAAAAUUAA